UCAACUGGCGCGAGAUGGCGCUGCGGCGCCGCAAGGUGGCCGACUGCCAGAUCAUCGGCUGCGUCGUCACCUCGGGUCUGCUCAUUCUGGCCGCGGGACUCGGCAUGUUCCUGGCCGCCUGGUUCGUCCUCGGCAAGGAGGACCCGUUCAUCCUCAUCGGGCCCGUGUUCGCCGGCUGCGGUAUCGUCGUGCUCCUGCUCAGCGUCGAGGUGUGCGUGCGGCGGCAGAAGGUCAUCAAACUCACCGAGGACCUCAGCUCAGACGAGGAGGACGGACACUACAUCGACGAGGGGCUCAUCAACUACGGCUUCGGCCACUUCCACGGCGACGACCCGGGAACGCCCAUCAGCAGCAAGUCCCCCGCCCACAGCAAGUCCCCCGCCUACCGUUCGCCCAUCGUGGUUCGCUCUCAGGCACAAGGCGGCGAAGACGACGAAUCGUACAAGCCAUCGUUUGACGUAGAAGGUCGCCUCCGACCCGAGGACCGGCCCCAGGUGAACGUGCUGGCGCCCACGCCGGACGUGCUCGACACCUCGAUGACGCAGGAGGCCAUUGAGAUGCUGCUCUCGCCGGCCAGCGGCCGCGGAUAGCUAGCCGUGCCCAGCGAGGAGGCGCUGUGGC